GCGUGAGAGCGGGGGCGGUGUCGCCUCGCCGCAGCGUGGAGGGCGGCCUGGGGGGUUUCUUUCGGCGGCGCGCGGCGCUUUCCGGCUGCCGUCAAGCGCGGCGCUGGGCCGUCGGGCGGCGGCUGAGGGGCUGCCAUGGCGGCGGCGGCGGCGGCGGCGGCGGCGGCGGCGGCGGCGGCGGGCCGGCUGCCGAGUUCCUGGGUGCUGCUGGCGCCGCUGCUUGGGGGGCUCGCGCUCCUGGGAGUCGGGCCGGUUCCGGCACGGGCGCUGCACAACGUCACAGCCGAGCUCUUUGGGGCCGAGGCCUGGGGCACCUUGGCGGCCUUCGGAGACCUCAACUCCGACAAGCAGACGGACCUCUUCGUGCUGCGGGAAAGAAAUGAUUUGAUCGUCUUUUUGGCAGACCAGAAUGUUCCCUAUUUUAAACCCAAAGUAAAAGUAUCUUUGAAGAAUCACAGCACAUUGAUAACAGGUGUGGUCCCAGGGGAUUAUGAUGGGGAUUCACAAAUGGAUGUCCUUCUGACGUAUCUUCCUAAAAAUCAUGCCAGCAGUGAAUUGGGAGCUGUUAUCUUCUGGGGACAAAAUCAAACACUAGACCCUAACAAUAUGACCACACUUAAUAGAACUUUUAAAGAUGAACCACUAAUUAUGGACUUCAAUGGUGAUUUGAUUCCUGAUAUAUUUGGUAUCACAAAUGUAUCUAAGCAGCCUCAAGUACUUUUGGGAGGGAAUUUAUCAUGGCAUCCUGCACUGAUCACUAACAGUAAAAUGCGAAUUCCACAUUCUCAUGCAUUUAUUGAUCUGACUGAAGACUUUACAGCAGAUUUAUUCCUCACAACAUUGUCUGCCUCUAGUACCUCCCAGUUUGAAAUAUGGGAAAAUUUGGAUGGAAAUUUUUCUAUGAGUGCUGUACUUGAAAAACCUGACAAUAUGAUGGUGGUUGGACAAUCAGCAUUUGCAGACUUUGAUGGAGACGGACACAUGGAUCACUUACUGCCAGGCUGUGAAGAUAAAAACUGCCAAAAAAGCAUCAUCUACUUAGUGAGAUCUGGAACAAAACAGUGGAUUCCAGUCCUACAGGAUUUCAGCUAUAAGGGCACACUGUGGGGCUUUGUACCAUUUGUGUCUGAACAGCGACCAACUGAAAUACCAAUUCCAAUCACCCUUCAUAUUGGAGACUACAACAUGGAUGGCUAUCCAGAUGCUCUAGCCAUACUGAAGAAUACUUCUGGAAGCAAUCAGCAGGCCUUUUUACUGGAGAAUGUCCCCUGUAAUAAUGCAAGCUGUGAGAGGGCACAUCGCAUGUUUAAAGUCUACUGGGAGCUGUCAGACCUAAAUCAAAUCAGAGAUGCCAUGGUUGCCACCUUCUUUGACAUUUAUGAAGAUGGAAUCUUGGACAUUGUAGUAUUAAGUAAAGGAUAUAAAAAGAAUGAUUUUGCCAUCCAUACACUUAAAAAUAACUUUGAAGCUGAUGCGUAUUUUGUUAAAGUCAUCGUUCUUAGUGGUCUCUGUUCUAAUGACUGUCCUCGUAAGAUAACACCCUUUGGAGUAAAUCAGCCUGGACCUUAUAUCAUGUAUACAACUGUAGAUGCAAAUGGGUAUCUGAAAAAUGGUUCAGCUGGACAACUCAGCCAGUCGGCACACUUAGCCCUCCAACUACCAUACAACGUACUUGGUUUGGGUCGAAGUGCAAAUUUUCUUGAUCAUCUUUAUGUUGGCAUUCCCCGUCCAUCUGGAGAGAAAUCUAUACGAAAACAAGAGUGGACAGCAAUUAUUCCAAAUUCCCAGCUCAUUGUCAUUCCAUAUCCUCACAAUGUUCCUCGAAGCUGGAGUGCCAAACUUUAUCUUACACCAAGUAAUAUUGUUCUGCUUACUGCUAUAGCUCUCAUUGGAGUCUGUAUUUUCAUCUUGACAAUAAUUGGCAUCUUACAUUGGCAGGAAAAGAAAGCAGACGAUAGAGAAAAACGACAAGAAGCCCAUCGGUUUCAUUUUGAUGCUAUGUGAUAUGCCUUUAAAAUUACAUAACAGAACGUCUCUUCACUUGAUUACCUGAAAUGCUAAAUUUUGGCUUGUAGAAGAAAAUAGGUGAUAAUGAAAAUUAUUUAUAAAUGACGCAUCCCUUGAUAAUUAUUGGAAGUACUGAAAUAAAUAUGGUCUGAGUGUGUCACAAGGUCUUUUUUUAAAGAACUUUGUAUACAAUAAUUUGGGUUCUUUAUUCAAUUGUGCUGUACAUUUUUGUUCUUUUGUGGAAUGUGUUGCAUGUACUUUGGUGUUUAUGUAUUUAUAAGCUUAUUAGAAUAAUGAUGGGAAAUAUGUAAAUAAAAAUAUUUAAAUGAAAGGGUUUUCUGUGUUCCACUUGAAUUAGUCGUGCUGCUUAUGCUAAUGAUACAAAUUACUUUUGUUAACUUAUCAAAAAUAAAAUUAUUAACCAUCCAAGCAAGGUCAAGGGUCUUUCACUAAUGGUAUACAGUAUUUUAAUUGGGUAGUCUGGCUUUCAAAUUUUAUCAGAAAAACUUGCCUUAUAUUCCUUGUUCCACCACUUACAAACUGUUUGAGCCAAUUAACUUCCAUAAGCCUCAGUUUUUAUAUUUGCUUGCCUUCCAUAAGCCUCAGUUUUCAUAUUUACAUGUGGGCUAAUAAUACUAUUAUUAACAAUACUAUUUGAGUUAUUGUAAACAAUAAAUGGGAUGAUUUGUAUAAAGUGUUGCACUUGGUGCCUAGCACAGAGUAUUAAAUAAAUGCUGUCUUUACUGUUUUUAGGUAAUUUUUUAAUGAGUCCACCACUCGUUAUCAAAAUAUAUACUUGAUAUGAUUUUGUUCAUAUUCUCUGGGAAAAAACUAAAUUAAAAAAACUAAAGUCUUGAUGGUUGACAUCUUAAAACAUUUAUUACUUGCCCAUAUUAGCUAAAAAUCACAGUAUCUAAGAAGUAAUGUGCCCUAUAAUUUUCCAUCUGAACAACUGAUCCUUAUCAUAUAGUCAUGAAGAGCAUUUGACUUCUUGAAAAGAAACUCACUGUGAAUAUGCAUCUAGAAAUGCAAAUCUUUAAUAAGAUUUUUAUUCUCAAAAACUUAAAGGAGUCUAUUAUUUAUAUUCAUACUUGCAAAUUUCUGUGAACUUCAAUUCACAAAAAAGUUACUCUCAGAAGACAUUUAGAUCUAAGUUUGGAGGGUAAAAAGUUUAUAUAUCAGUAUUACGAUUUUUUUAAUAUACAGGCCAGAGCGAUAACACAGUGGUAAGGCUCUUGCCUUGCUCAAGGCCAACCUGGGUUCGUUCCCUGGCAUCCCAUGUCGUCCCUCAAGUACAUUCCUGAGUGCAGAGCCCAGAAUAACCCCUGAGCAUUGCAGAAUGUGGUCCAACAAACAAUAAAAUAAAUUUUUUCUAAUAUGCAAACAGAUAGAAAACAAAACUUAGCAGGAAAGAAUUUUGUACGUUUUUUUUCUUUCAGCUGAAAAUGGCAUGUGUGUAAAUUAUUUGCUUUGUGUAUCUGAGCAUGUUAAUAUGUCAAUAAAUUUUCUCUGUUAAAACGGU